UUCGUCGCGGAGGGAUUCUCACUUGGUGGUGGUGUGGUCGCGCAAAAAUAGUGCCGGGCACGCGACACGAGACGUGAUGGCGGAAGAUGGACAAAAGUGACGCCAGUCCACGAGCAGCGGCUCCCGAGCGGAGCCCCAGGCAGUUUCUGACCCUAUAUCAUCCUCACUGCUACCCUCACCAUAGCACUCGACGCCUCCGUUAUAUCAUUUAGUGAGCAUCUGAUUCGUGUGUUAAAAGGAAAAAAAAUGUGCGACAUCGAAGAAAUUUGUGGACAUACCGACUAAAGCGACAAUUUUGAAAAAUCGUAUUUUAAUCUCGUACCUGUGGCACUGAUUUCUUGGGACGCUGAGCCGCCAAUGUUUUGCACAGAAAACAAUUCAGUUUAGAAAGUGUUAAUAAAACCUUGUUGAACAGUUUUGAGACGGUACACUCGACAACAAAAACCUCUGCAACUCUCGGCUAAUGUUUUUCUACAGAGACGUCAGUGAACGCCAUCUCGUGGACCUUGUUUGAUGUUUCAUUUUCUUGUUGACCCUUGACGUCAGCCAGGAUCGAUUCCAGGAAGUUUCGGCAGUGAGGUCGUCAGUGAGGUCGUCGGCGUGUUAAAGCCAGACAGAUGCGUUGCCAGGACUGGCCAAUCAAACGCCGAUCCCAUGCGGGCUCUUGCAGCUGAAAACCAUAUCCUACCCAACAGGCCCACUACAUCUUCACGUAAUCAAUCUUCGACGAACUGUCGUCUGCGCUUAAAGUAAAGGCAUUUCUGUUGUCAUUGCCCCUGACAUUAUAACAGCCAGGAAGCCCCCUUGUCGUCACGGUUGGCGUUCAAAGCGAACGAUGACGAACGACAGUCUGGAGGAGCUGACGCCGCCCUUCCCCAUCGAGGACCUGCACGAGUUCCACAAAUGGUACUCCGGGGUGCACGGGUACCUGAGCCAGCUCGUCUGCCUCUUCGGCAUCCCCAUGAACCUCAUCAACAUCACCGUGCUGACCCGCAAGCACAUGCACACGCCCAUCAACUGCAUCCUCACCUGGCUCGCCCUGUCGGACAUGCUGACCAUGGCCAGUUAUGUCCCUUUUGCCUUCCACUUUUACUGCUUCCAUUCUCCUUGGAGCGUGUCGGCGGAAAAGAACACCAAGGGCUGGAUGCAGUUUAUGAUCUUCCACAUCAACUUCUCGGCCACCACGCACACGGUGUCCAUAUGGCUGGGCGUGACUCUCGCCAUCUUCCGCUACAAACACAUCUACUCGCCGGCCAAAGGCAACCUCACGCGCAUCCGGCGCCUGGUGCGAGCUCGACUGGCCGUGGUGGUGGUGACAGUUCUUUCUGUCAUUGGUCUCAUCCCCAACUACCUUACCAACCAACUUAUCCCUGUUAUGGCGAACAACCAGACAUUUUGGGUGAUAGAGGAUCUGCACCUGGCCACGCCCGACACCAAGCCCAUCGUUCUGCUCAACCUGUGGUUGUACUCGUUGCUGGCCAAGUUCUUGCCCUGUGUCCUGAUGGUGGUGUAUGGGGGGCUGCUGCUGACCACCCUUCGCGCCAGUCUGCGCCAGAAGCUGCGCCGGAUGUCCACCGUCUCCGUGUGCACCCCGGGUAGCAGCCGACCUGGCACCGACAACUCCCGCACCACCCGCAUGCUGCUGGUGGUCAUCGUCCUGUUCGUGGUGACGGAACUGCCGCAGGCGGUGCUCAUCUUCCUGAGCGUGACAUGGCGAGGAUUCUUCAUCCACGUCUACAUCCCACUCGGCGACCUGAUGGACAUGCUCGCCCUCAUCAACAACGGCGUCAACUUUGUCCUCUACUGCUCCAUGAGCCGCGACUUUCGAAAAACCCUCGUGAACAUCAUCAGGCCAGGGCGGCCUGGGGCUGACUUCUACGGCAGACGUCUCAGCGCCCCCUCGGCCACCACCCGGUCCUCUGGUCAAGGAGGGGUGUCUGCUAACGGCCUGUGCACGCCGCAUUGUGGCGAGUCCGAGCGUUCUCAUUCGAUUCUCAUUGUCAAACUGUCCGGGGAGAGCUUUGUGGACGCCACCAAGACGUAAGCCUCGCCGGUGAGGUCAGAGAAAGGAGGGACAACGAAAUCCCGUGAAACCGCAACGACGGAUGUCCAAAGGACCACGCACGUGUGCCAUACAGCCCCAUCGGGUGAAUGCUACUCACCCUGGCAAGGGAUGACUGUUCAGUAAAAGUGGAGAUGGCAACGAGAUGCUUGUGGAAAUUUUAGCCUUUUUGUGCAUUUCACAGCAUGUGAACUGGACUUAACAGGUGUCUCCGAUCUUUAAAGUGCGUCUUUGAUACGUUUGAAACUUUUGCUCAUGUAAGAGACUUUUUUGUAAAAUAAAUUUUAAGUUUUUGCCAAACGUACUGUUUGUGCUUCCUGUAUAUGCCCCACGUGUUUUAAAAAAAGGGGCUGGAAGCUUGAGGUGAGGGUGAAGUUUUUAAAUAUGAAUUUGUGGGAUUUUCCGUAAAUAAUAAAACUUGAUGAUUUUGAGCUCCGCCCUCAAAACCUCUCCUCUGCCUUAAAACGUGGCAGAAGGUUUAAUAACUGACUUGGCGAACAACAGGUCAUUGAACUCGUGGCAGUCAGAUAACUGUGAACACUGUCGCUUGGUGGUGAUUGUUAACGAACACAACAGCUAGGCAAGUGUGAAUGUGGUCUUUUCACUCUCAGUACAGUGGUCAUUGGUACGACUAUCAAACUGGACGCAGCGGAAGCCACAGCUGCCAAAUUUAUUGUGACCAACAGCGAAUCUCUAAGCCAACCGGAAACGGUACACGUGCGCCAUCGUGGAUCUAGACAAUCUUCUGCUGUUUACAUUAACCGAGAUGAUCAUCAAAAAGUUUGACGACCUCUCAUGUUUUUGAAUCGACAGAUUGUUUGUCUUUCCCAUCGGCAAACUUUCUGCUCUUCAUGGAUAUUUGUUCACCCGUUUCAUCGGCAUUUUAUUAGAAUUUUUCAUUUAGCAUUUUGUCAAAUCGAGGUUUGCAUAAAAUAAUUGUUUGGCAGAAAAGACAGGAGAAAAUACAAACUUCAACGUGAUUGCUGAAAACAUGAGAUUCUCUGUAACCGGCCUGGUCAGGUGUUCUGUAGUAUCUCUUCUUUUUUUUUUCUUCUUUUUUUUUCAACACUAAGGUUGUCCACUGUUUACCUCUUGAUACAGACGAGGCAGACGCUGAAAGACCAUUAUUUGUUUCACUUCAGUUGUUUUCUGCCAUUUCCCAUCUUCUUAUUCAUCUGGGGUUUGUAAUGUCGUCGUCACAAUGAAAACGCGGCUUGUCAGCCAAUCAAAAUUUAUCCAUUAGUUUUGGAUCAGGGAUCGGCAUUUGUGAGUUUUAUCUCUUUUGAUCUGUGAUAGUAGGAGCUCAUUCGUCGUCUCCAGGCACCACGCAGUCGCUCCGGAAGGACUGCCACUGAUGUUGUUGUUGCUGCUGUUGUUGUUUUUGGCUGCGAUUUCCUCUAGUCAUCGUCUCGUGCGAUGACUGUACGAUGACGUUGCUUUCUCGUCUGCUGCCGACGUCGACCGCCUUCCAGAAGUGUGGUCGCUGGUGUGGUUGCCGGUGUGGUACUCCAGCAACUGUCAUGUGUACGCUAGUUGUGGCCAGCCUAACGCCAGCCUAAUGCCAGCCUCACUCAUCCCGGUACACAUGGAUGCUACAGUUUGGAAGACACUUGAUACUAGCAUCUGUUACACAAAAUUUACAACAGUUUUACAAUGUUGAACUAUAUUUUCCCCUAGAUACCCGUUUGUGAUCUUUACACAACUUGUCGAAUUAUCUUUGUAUAGUUCACAGAAAAUAAUAAGAACUCACUGUUAUAUCUGUUCCUUUUAUUUUUCCGUCGAGACUGCAUUGUCUCUGCAAUACUUUCCACCUCCGAUGAUGUCGUAGGUGGACGUUUACUGGUAAAUGUCUAAUCUUAUUUCUAAGGAGCUCUCUCUUUUUCUCUUACAUUCGCAGUAAUAUUGAAUUUUGUUGAUGUUUCACUUAAGUUUAUAAAUUAUUUUUGUCCUAGUGUAUUGUCAAGUGUCAAAGGACUUUUGUACGGAGAUUGAGAUAAGUUGUAAAAACUUUCGUUGCCUCCAUCUUGAUUCGUUCUCAUCACGAACAUUAUUUUUGUUGUGACCUACCUUUUCUCCCCAUCUAUGUAUCUGCUGCAACGUUUUCUACCUGAACCAUCAGGUGUUGAAUGUCAAAGAUAUCGAUGAAAUAGAAAGUCUUUUUUCAUCUAGACAAAGAUGUGAUUUAAGUCCAGAAAUGUCAGGAAUUUUCUCGAAGAGGAUGCCAGGAUAUUUGGUGAUGUAUUCUUGUGUGAACACGCGCGUGCGUGUGUGUGUGAGGUGGGCAUGAAAGUGAGGUAUCAUUGUCUGCAAGAAUGUGUUACAUGUUCGUGUGUGUGUGUGUGGUGAGCAUGAAGUGAGGUACCAUUGUCUGUAAGCACGUGCUACAUGUGUGUGUGUGUGGAGGCGGGCUGGAGGGAAAUGUGCGUGCAUUUAUCGCACGUUAAAGGAGCUUUAUCAAAUGGUCCCUAUUCUUGUCCAAAAUGGUUUUUUUUUAUUUUCACUCACAGCAAAAACGCAUCUUGUGAUGAGUCUGCUGUUGUGGAGACACUUGAAGGAGUGAAAUGCAAUCGCGUUUACCUAUUUCACCAUCAGAGUGAAAUAAAUGCACACCUCACCUGUGCCUGUGUCUUCACUUUGUGUGAAUGUUGUGACCUAUGAAUGCUGUGUGACUACUGGAUCAUCUGUAACUGAAGUAACGUUCCUUCAACACUGAUCCACAUGCAUACCUGUGUGUUCCUUUAACACUGGUCACCUUAGUCUACUUUCCUGUUCCAAUGAACUUUAGCGUAACCUUUAACUCUGAUCAGGUCAAGUACUG